AUGUUAUUCUUCUCCUUCUUCAAGAGUCUCAUUGGGAAGGAUGUCGUGGUUGAGCUCAAGAACGACUUGAGUAUCUGCGGAACCCUUCAUUCGGUGGACCAGUACCUCAACAUCAAGAUGAGUGACAUCACUGUCAUGAAUGGCCACAAAUACCCGUAUAUGUUGUCCGUCAAGAACUGCUUCAUCCGCGGAUCAGUCGUCCGAUACGUGCAAUUGCCGGCCGAUGACAUCGAUGUCUCACUACUACAAGACGCCACUCGGAAGGAGGCCUCCAAAUGA